UCCUCCUGACUGCAGUCUGCAUACAGUGCUAGUGCUGCUGCUGUGUGCUGCUGCUGUGAGACACGAGUAAGUGGGAGGAACAGCUUCCUCGGUUCUGCCUCAAAAAUGACAAGACAUCUUCCUGGAGCUGCGGCUGCAGGGGUGGAUUUGGCUUUCACUCCUCUGCAUUGCACAAUCUUUCCAUCUGAUAGAUAAAUAGGAAAAAAGAGGAAGUACAAGAAGGCGAGGAAAAGGUGAGAGAACAUUCAGAGGCAAAGGCAGAAAAGAGUCAUAGUGGGGUAUAGGAGGCGUGGAAGAUAAUAGAUUAUAGAAAAGCUAGGCAGAGGUUAAAUGGCAAAGGAGGUAUGAAGAAGGCAAGGGAGACAGGGGGAAACACAGAGAACUAAAAAUACGAAGCAAGAAAACGAUUCCACCGUGGAGGCAAGAAGGAGAAGGAGGAGGGGGGCUGAGGAGGAGGAAGCCAGAGGUUCUACACACAAGAUGGCUGCUGUGUCCUCUGCCUCUGACACUGGGGAUCUCAGAGGUCGCCACCCCCCAGAGCGCAGACUGCUGCUCCUAGGGGGGCCACAGUCUGGUAAGACCUCCACUGCCAACACCAUUCUGGGGGAUCAGGUCUUCGAAGCUGGGACAGAGACUACACAUAGUAACGUUGGCCAGACAGAGAUUUAUGGCCGACGGGUCACUGUGGUCGACACCCCACCAUGGGCAAUCCCCACUGAUCCUGAAGAAGACAACGAAGCUGAUAACAAUGACAAUGCCACUGCUGAGUCUGACAGCCAGCCACGACCCCCUCCGAGCCUGGACAGUGAGGGGCCUUGCAUGGGGGCCAUACUCUGCCCUCCUGGACCCCACACUAUCCUACUGGUGGUAUCAGUCACUCAGCCCUUUACUGACACCCAAAGGAGAGCUGCAGAGGAGCAGUUGGGGGCCCUGGGUGGAGGGACAUGGAGGUACUCCAUGGUCCUCUUUACUGGGGUAGACAAACUGCCCCAAGGUGUCUUUAUUGAGGAGCACAUAGCGAACACUGGAGAAGCCCUGCAGUGGCUGGUGGAGAGAUGUGGAAGCAGGUAUCACGCCUUCGAUAACAUUCAAAAAGAUAAUGAAGAAAGCACACAGGUACCCGAGCUGAUGGAAAAGGUAGAGGAAAUGAUCGCCGACAACCAAGGCUGGUAUUUUGAGGUGAAUGAGUUGAUUUUAUUGGAGGAAGAACAGGCUAGAAGAGCUCUGGAGGAAGAGAGGAUGAGGAUGGAGGAGCACGCUAGACAGAGGGAGCAGAUGAUUGGAGGACCUCCUAGGGAAUUGAGGUUGCUGUUGUUGGGUUGGAAGGGUGUUGGAAAGAGCUCGGUGGGGAACUCCAUCCUAGGCCGUCGGUACUUUGAGUCAGGACAGGAGACCGAGCUGUGCCUUAGAAGGCAAGCACUCGUCUCUGGACGUCGGGUCACUAUUGUAGACACCCCAGGCUGGGACUGGUUCUCAGUCAGGCGAACCCCAAAGCGCAUCCGUCAGGAGUCGCAGCGUGGGGCUGCUCUUCUCCGUCCUGGACCCCACACACUGCUGCUAGUCCUGCCCGUUGUCUCAUCCCUCACUGCCAGGAAAAGGCGAACACUCCUGGCGCACAUAGAGACUCUGUUUGGUGACAGCGCGUGCCUCCAUACCAUGGUAUUGUUCAGCUGUGGUGACUGGUUGGGACGCACACCCAUUGAGGAGCACAUCCUCAGAGGUGGGCGGGAGCUGCAAAGACUGCUAGAGUACUGUGGGAACUAUUACCACGUCCUGGACAGUAAGACACCUGGCAAGGACAGGAGUGUGUCUGUCCUACUGGAUAAAAUAGAGGAGAUGAUCCGGGAGAACGGCGACAAGGCCUUUCUUCCCAUACAAACCGAGUGGUUGAGCGAGGAGAGCUCAUACUCUUCUGAUAAUACCGAACCUGAGGACGACUGUCGAGGAUGCCAGCUACAGUGACUGCACAUAUAGCUGUCUGGCUUCUUCUCCUUUUUCUAAGUUAUCAGUAUGUCCAAACAUCAUCUCAUGUAACUUAAACCUCAUCAAAGUAUCCCUCUUUAAAGCUAAAGAGUUUCAGAAUAAACUAGAGGUUUACAACAGGAGUCUUGUUAUGAGUAGCACUCUGUGAGAAAUGAAAAGACCAAACUCACCGUUCACUGAGCUCAGCCUCAGAUGAACAUGUCCAUGAAAAACAUCUGCUGCUUAGGAGACUGUGUUUUAAAAUUAUUGCAAAUCACUGUUCAGUCUGCACUGAUAAGCUUUGUACUACAACUACAAUCAAAACCCAAACGUUAGAUGGUCAGAUUGCAGCAAAUCCAUCACUCAUGAUCAUUGAAAGAAUAAGAGGAAUCUCUCUGUGUAUAACCUUUUUUACGAUAUGGUUGUCCAAUUCUGCACCAGGUGCUGAUGUUUACUUUGAAUCAAUAGGGGUUGUAAUAGUAGUUCAAAUAAAAACAAAUUACUGAAUACCAAAUCAAAACACGGACAGUGUGAAAGAUAUAUUGUGCUCAGUUAUGUGCAUAAAAAUGCAGAAAAGACGCCUAUAGUCUUGAAUUGUAUGUGUACUUCAGUAUUAUAAAAAUAGACUUUCAGACAUGAAACAAGAUGUAAUUUUCUGAUCUUUUACAUAAGUGAUAUUAAAAAAUCUCUUCAUCAAAAUUUGAUGAGGUUCUACUCAUGGAGUUAGCAUUGAAUUGAUUUCUCCAGGGCAAAAUCUGGCACAUUUACAGAAAUGCUAAUUAUUGCUGCUUGCUAAAGUGCAGACCCAAGGCUUGUUAUAAUUAAAAAUGGAGUCUUUCUGUGUGGGUUUGAUAAAGUUUGUGGGAACGUAAACAAAGUUAGUCUAUUUCUUUAUCUGCUAAGGCAUUUAGAGAAUUUGGGCAUGAGUUUAAAAAAAGGCACGACAAAUACAAGCAUAAGAGCUGUUUCAAGUUUAGUUCUAAUUUGUUCCUUUGGUCCCCUUGUGCAACAAAAAAAUCAUGAAUCCAUCUAAAGAGGUAAAUAUGUAUUUUUAGUGCUGUAGUAUUAAUGCUCAAGAAGAGCUCCAAAAACAGAUUGAAAAAGCUGUAUUGUAACUAUGUGCAAUCUUAAAUCUUUGUGGAGCAGUUUGGGCUGGCUCUGCUUUGCUGUUUACGGUCAUGCAUAAAGUGCAUAUAUCGAACAGUUCGAUUCAGCUACGUGCCUCAGCAUAAAAGUGUGAGAGUGAGAGUGCAGCCCUGCAGUAACAGGACAGUAUCCUAUAAUCUACAUCAAGCUUUAGCAUGGUACAGAAAAAACAUAACCUCGUGAAUCAUUCUAGCUCACAUCUAGCUUUUACUUCCUGUUAACUUCUUCUACAGUGUUCAGACAUCCGUUCCUGUUACCAUUUGUUAUGUUUUGAAAAAAGUAAUGUAUAAAUAUAUAUUUAGUUGUCAGAGGCAUGUAAAGACACAGCAUGCAGAUAAAUGAGUGCCUGUAGAGCUGAAGGCAAUCUCACUUAUUCCUCUGACUCUUCUUUGAAUAAGAAUUCAAUAUGAAUCUAUGUGAAUUUCUGGUAUGACAUCACAUUGCUCUACCUUCACAACUGCAACAAUAAAAGAAUAAAGAAAAACAAAUUCCCACUCUGAAAUGUACAAAUAAAAGCAUAUUUAAGGUUCAAAGUUAUCUUUACUGUCCUACUAGGGGAGUUCACAUAUUAUACAUGUAUGUGACCAAUACCACUGCCAUGCUCUAAAAUUUUGUUUUCUACAAAUGAUGUAGUGUAUUAAAGAAUUCCUAACACUGCUCUUUCUGUUUUUACUGACACUGUAUUUUAUUUAGUGCGUUUAAUUCAUUCCCACACUUGUGUGACAAGCAUGGCUUUAAAAUUUGAUGAGGAUGUUUCAAACAUUUAUUUGGAGUCUUUGAGUCCCUCUCCACCUGUGAUUAUAUUGUAUGAGACAGUGUGAAAUAUGUUUCAUUGUAAGCCCUUAGCCAAGCCUUUUUUUUACACUGUUCAAGUUCUACCACGUUACUGUAGCCAAAGUGACGUUACUUACUGUGCAAUCUUUCUCAUAUGGUGAUUCCAUUAAACAUUAAUAAAAGAUACAACUGUAUCGUUGUGUA